CCUCGACAACGCACUUGCACUGCAGGGCUGAAAUCGCAUCGUUGCCUCCACUUUUCGUAAUCUCGAGCUUCGACUUGCUCCCAACUGUUUCUCUUUCCAUCCAUCAUUCUCUCCUCCUUGGCUUAAAUUCAACACGUCAAUCUUCUCGCUCUGUAAUUCCUGACUAGUUAAAGUCUGUUCUUGUCACCACCAACUCGCAAUUUCAGCUGCGUUGUAACCAUCACGAGAACGGUUCCCGUCAACAAGCUGUGUUCGAAUACCGGGAGUGGACGAUGCCAUCCGUCACCCAUGAGAGGAUCCCCUCGGCCAAGAAGAGGAGGCGAGACGAUGUCGAGAAUUCGUACACUUCGGGUAACAUCCAGAUUCCAUUCUCCCACCCAGCCCUCGACACCACACGCGGAAUCCUAGCCGACAAAUCCUCCUACGCGAAUCCCACCAUGCAUCAGCCUUACCCGCCAACCCUGCGCAAGAUAAUACCGAUCGCCAUCAACAAGAAACAACGCAUGUCCGUGUCCGAUGAAGUCCACCACCGAGAGGACAGCCACCACGGCACGCGAGCCAAGCCCAAUUCUCCAACUGCUGCUUCUCAUCCCCACCACCAGAAACAACCCGCUUUGCUGUCCAAGAUCAAAUGUCUAGACAGGUGUCAUAUUUGCUUUCGAAAACCGAGCAAGAAGGCCGACCUGGAUUCGUACGCCGACUGCCAAGGUUGCGGCCAGCGUACGUGCUAUGUAUGCAUGAGGCAAUGUCCCGGAUGGACAUCGAGUUUCCAUCAUCAAGGGCAACAUCACCAUAACGAAACCGGAGAACAAGAAGCGCAAGUGCAAGAUAUUCCCCUGGCGAGCUCAAGUCCUGAGAACUCGUUCGCGAUGCUGGAUGCGGAUACAGAGACGGAGGUGGACUUGGAUGAGGUCGCCGAAAAAGAAAGAUCAAGGCUAAAACCAACGACUACUGGAUGGCAUGCCGACGGCCACCGGGAAAUGAUAUGCGGUCAUUGUUGCGAAGAAAGAGGGGCCAAUGGGGAUGUGGUGUGUUUGGGCUGUUUACCUUCCUUUGGGGGAUGACACGGCAUACAUCUCAGGACUCGACACGAACAGUCUGAGCAACAAAACAGACUGCCUCCGGAUUUGGAUCAAGGACUUCUGUAAUACUGCUACUGCUCGGCCAUGAAGAUUACGGACGAUAUGAUUUGAGGUACCGCUGUCAAAUCAUUGGGCUCUGCACGAAAGGA